AUGGAGUUGUAUACAUCAAUUGAAAAAGACAUCAUUGAUAAUCAAAAGACUGUAGACAAUUGGACUAAAUUGUAUACGAUAUUGGAGGAUACUGCAGUUAUUCUUCAUGAUGAAAGUAGUAAUAAUCAGACAACUAUCAAACCAAUAUUCUUGCCAUCAGUGACCAAUAUAACUAUUAAACUAGGAGCAUUAGCUGUAUUACCAUGUUCUAUACAGAAUCUACAAGAUAAACAGGUUGCGUGGAGAUAUGUAGAUGAAGAUAAAUUUUUAACAAUUGGCAAGACAACUUGGUUGAAAUCAUCCGAUAUUUUGAUAGAACAUUUAUCGCAGGCCAAUAAUAUCAGUAAUUGGGAUCUGUUAAUUAAAAAUGCCCAGUUUAAGAAUGGCGGUGUUUAUGAAUGCCAGAUAACCUCAACAGUUGACUUAACACGCAGAGUUCAACUUAGUAUAUUAGAAACUAGCAUCUCAGGUGAAAGAACAGUUGAUCGAGGUGAUAAAAUCUAUAUUAAAUGUAAUGUGACUGGAAAACCACAUAUCCCAACAGAUAUACAAUGGUAUAAAGACGGUCAUUCAAUUACCAGUGAAGACUUUCCUAAUGUGAUAAUAACAAAAUACGUCUCGAAAUUAGAUAAACUAAGUACAUUUAUUAGUGAAAUAAUUAUUGAUAAAAGUGUAUUUUCUGACACUGGGAUAUAUACGUGUAGAAGUCUGUCUGUUGAUGCAGUAAAGGAAAAAUUCAGAUUGCAAAUAGGUGACACAGUUCAUGUUAAAAGAAUGUUUGAAGAUUUGAAAAAAGAACGACGGAAACAUUCGACUCCACUAUAUAAAUCAGGAUCCUUACAGAAAAAUUCCAGCAGUAAACAAUCAGUAUUAGUAUUACAAUCAGUGACAGUGAUGUUAAUAUGGGUAUUGUGGAAUAGAUAA